UUGUCUAAAAACAUUUCAAAUUAAAUGGCACUCUCAACCUUAGCUACUCUGGCGGCGGCGGUGGUGGUCGUGGCGGCAGAACUGGUGGGCGACACAAAAGCCACCACCUAUGUCGUCGGAGACACCUUUGGCGGCCAUUGGAAGGUCCCUUCCGGCAGCGCCGAGAACUAUACCAGUUGGGCUUCCGAACAUGGUUUUCAAGUUGGUGAUGUUUUAGUGUUUAAUUUCUCGACAGGCAAUCACACUGUAGCCCAUGUAACAAAAGCGUCGUAUGAUACGUGCAAUAUCACGAAUCCAAUAGAAUUGAUCACCGAAGGCCCGGCCAAUGUGACCCUCGACUCUAUCGGUGAGAAUCACUACAUUUGCACGAGGGGCCGACAUUGUUCUUUCGGACAAAAAAUUUCUAUCAAUAUCACAACUUCCUUAUCCACUCCAACUCCAACUUCAACGCCAUCUCCAAGCUCGACCGGAACAAUCAACAAAAUUCGGUUUGUCAUGUUAAUUAUUUCCUGUGUUUUGUAUGACAUUAUGAUCGUCUAAACUUAUUUUGUGGAAUUUACUUAUGACGAAUUAAUGUUGAAAGGAAUAAAAUUAUUACGUUUUCG